AUGACGAGGAGAGAAGCAGCGAUGAUGAUGACACCAACGUCGGGGGGGGGCGAGCGCGACAAUGGAGGACCAGCACUGAAGAAGAAGGGGAAAGGAAAGGCCAAGGCGAUGGCUGAAGAUGGUGGCGCAGCUGGAGCGAAGGCUGACUCGGCGGCGGCGAAGAUCCAAACCGCGGCGGCAAGAGUCGUGCACAAGAACAUCAUGUGCUACAGAGAGAUGCCGGCGCAGCUUCUUGCGAAGCUCUGCACUGUUCGAGGCAUCAAGCGCAUGUCCAGAAUCACGAGCAGGGGUACCCUGGCGACCAAGCUCGAGCAACAUGAUCUGACUCUGAGUCGCAGCAGCCCCUUCUUGGACGACGUGCGGGAACUCGCAAACAGAGGUGCUGAAGGUUCGUGCUCCGUCAGAUCUGGCCAGGCGAAUAAGCCCAACGUCGACCCCGGCGCCGUCACUGCCCUGCGUUCCUACCUCACGAUGGCGGAGCCCGCGCCCAACAGCAUAUUCAAGUUCGAAAACGAAGUCUACAAGCAAGCAGACCUGCUGAAGAUUAUCGAGGAGGAGGACGCUGGCGAGUGUGGUGCGGGACGCAGCGGAGAUUCUCGUAGCUCGGGCGGAGGCUCGGCCGCUGGCCGGGGGGGGGUGGAGUGACCGCAAGUCGAGGCACUGCGUUCACCGGCUGUUGGCCUGCAUGAUGAGGGAUGACCAUAGGAACGACUUCAUCUGCGGUGGAGAGAAGGCAAACAGGGCGCAGCUGGAUGCUGGUGAGGUUGGAGCUUCGGCGGGGGCCCGGGUCAGGUUGUACGCCACCUUCACGGACAAAGACAUGGAGCUCGGACGCUUUUCGGCCGACGACAUGGCGGCCCACACUGAUCCGAAGGUCCUCAGCCAGCCCGACAUCACCGUGAAGAAGCUGAAGGAGAUGUACGCUGACGUGCGCAAGAAGUUCAACCCUUGCUGCGACCGCAAGACACAGAGUCGGGAACGCACCACCAAUGGGACGAGUUUUGCCUAGGUGACGUGGACGUCUUCCUCAUGGGAGAGCUCGUGCUCGUCUACCCGGAGUUUGCGCAAAUGUUCGACCAAGCGCUUCCCGAGGACGUCGCCCGCGAGGACGACGGCACUGCCACGCCCGACGACGCGGCUGACACCGUGGACGGAGGUGACGCCGACAGCCCCCUACCCACGUCGGAAGCCGCAAUGCGGAAAUCAGCGAAGCGCAGGGGGCGGGAAGCCGCCAUCGACCGAGCCUCCAAGGUCCCCGCCCGGAAGAGCGCCAAAACGAAAGAGGCCGCGGAGCUGGCAACUACCAUCGUCGACAAGGCCUUGCCCAUCUUGUCGGCCAAUUCCUUCGCCGGGUCGAAGUGAAGCGAGGCGACGGACAAGGCCGAGAGCGAGACUGCUGAGCUUAACCUCGCCGAAAAGAGGCUACAGACGUACAUCAAGUUCACGGCCGAGCUGGAGAAGGCCGAGGAGAAAGAUCCGUCAGGGACAUCCAUCCAAGAUAGGUUCCUGAAGCUUCAAGUGCAAAAACUGGAGGCCGCAAUGCUUCCCCCCGAAUCGACGAACGGCCCGGUCGGCGGGAACAGCAGUGGAGGAUCUGGGUCUGAAGCGGCGUCGCGAGGAAGGUGCGGGCCGGGUUCCGGACUCGGCGCUGGCGGGGAGGAUGCUGGAUCCGG